GGCGAGGGUUUAGGGGGCCGGGAAUUCCGCAGGCCUGACACGUGGUGGUGAACUGUGAGGAGUUUAAGGGAUCUGAAUGCCAAUCUGAAUGCCCAAAGAGUUGAGAGGUUUGCAGGUCCUAGAGGAAGCCUUCAAGAUGAAGCUGAGUCUUACCAAAGUAGUUAAUGGCCAUCGCCUAGGAAAAAUAAAACAUCUGGGGAAAACAGGGGACCACACCAUGGACAUUCCUGGCUGCCUUCUGUAUACCAAGGCUGGCUCUGCCCCACACCUGACCCACCACACACUACAUAAUAUCCAUGGUGUUCCUGUCAUGGCUCAGCUUACCCUGUCAUCCCUCGCAGAACAUCAUGAAGUUUUGGCAGAAUAUAAGGAAGGAGUUGGAAAGUUUAUAGGCAUGCCAGAAUCGCUCUUGUACUGCUCCCUGCACGAUCCAGUCAGCCCCUGCCCAGCAGGUUAUGUAACAAACAAGUCUGUGUCUGUGUGGGGUGUUGGAGGACGAGUGGAAAUGACUGCUUCCAAGUUCAUGGCAAUUCAGCAAGCCCUUCAGCCAGACUGGUUCCAGUGCCUUGCAGAUGGAGAGGCAUCUUGUGAGGAAGCAACUUCCAUGAAAAGAGCCAGAAAGUCUGUGGACCGAUCACUUCUAUUCCUGGAUACCUGUCUGCGGCUACAGGAAGAGUCAGAGGUCCUUCAGAAAAGUACGAUCAUUGGAGUGAUUGAGGGUGGCGAUGUGAUGGAGGAGAGGCUGAGGUCAGCACGAGAGACAGCCAAGCGGCCCGUCGGUGGCUUUCUUCUUGAUGGCUUUCAAGGGACUCCAACGACCAGGGAGACUAGACUGCACUUGCUGUCAGCAGUCACUGCGGAGCUGCCGGAAGAUAAACCAAGGCUCAUCUGUGGGGUUAGUCUGCCGGAUGAGGUACUCGAGUGUGUUGAAAGAGGAGUGGACUUAUUUGAGAGUUUUUUCCCUUAUCAAGCAACAGAGCGGGGAUGUGCCCUGACUUUCAGCUUUGAUUACCAGCCGAACCCUGAAGAGACAUUAUUACAACAAAAUGGGACACAAGAAGAAAUAAAAUAUGUGGAUCCAAUAAAGGAAAUAAAAACAACUGACUGCAACCAAGAAAUGACAUCAUUUGAAAUUAAUCUGAAGGAAAAAAAGUACCAGGAGGAUUUUAAUCCACUGGUGAGAGGGUGUUCCUGUUACUGCUGUACGAAUCAUACUCGUGCCUACGUCCACCAUCUGCUUGUGACCAAUGAACUGCUAGCGGGGGUGCUGCUAAUGAUGCACAACUUUGAACACUACUUCGGAUUUUUCCACUCUAUCCGGGAAGCCCUGAAAAGUGACAGACUGGCACAGCUGAAAGAGCUCAUCUGCAGACAAGCAUCUUGAGACCUGGCAAAUACCCGUCUGACACUUCAGGUUGAGCCUCUAGCAUGGUUAUAACAUGGGAAAAGAGAAGCAGGAACCAUCUUAGCUUUAAUUAUUUAUGUUUGGGAAUAAGUCUGUUGAAAUAAAGAACAUCUGUAUCAAACUGCCCACAUGAGGGUGAAAGAUUUCUCCUAAAGACUAAAAUGACCCGGAUUGAUCAGAAAGAAUUAAACCACUACUCUUAAAAUAUCUAGGCUAACUCUUUUAGCCAGCAGGGAUUUAUUUAGUGAUGGAAGUUUUCAAUGUGAGGGGCAACCUUGAGUGGGGAUUGAGACUCUGAGGAAUCGGGGACACUGAGCUGAACUGGGGCUUGAGGGGAGAUGGCUGACGGUGAGUAGCAGAGCCUCUGUGGACACACGUCCGUCGACUGGAAAGAAUCUGGCUGAUUUCAGGUUUUCUUUAUUUUGAUCCUCAUUCUUUCAGGAGGCUCUUUUAGAUACUUUUGUCUUUUAGGCCACUUUGGUGGUGCAAUCAGAAAUGGCUCUUGUCCAUGGAACAUGGGUCUCCAACACUGCUUAUGUGAUCAGUUGACCCAGGUCACAUUCCUUCAUUCCACAUAGCUGACUUGUGAUUUGUCUUCCUAGAGCUAGUGCGUUCGCCUGUUAGCAGCCGGAACUGUGCCUAGCUGCUUUGAUCUGCUUGUACAGAUUCACUGUGGCCUGUCCUCCAGCUCUUUAAUAGUCUAGCCAUGUAACAACUGCAGCCCCAUCACUGACGGGUUCAUUAGCAGCGUAGUCAGUUGGUCAGAGCCCGGCCUGGCAGUUAGAGGAUUGGUUCAGUCCUGCUCAGCUGUGAUGCCUGGCCAGAUCACUUCACUUCUCCGUACGUGCCCUUUCCUGAAUAAAGGGGGACAGGCAUUGUGCGUGGGACUAAAUGAACUGCUAAGAUUCCCUCUAGCUUUGAAAUGUGAGGGACAACAUAUUUUAGGUUAGAGUCAUUGCCUUACUAUUGCUCUUGCUUUUUAAUCAGUGUCUUCCUGAUGAAAAAUGCAGUGGUUCCAGGAGAGAGGCCACAGUACGGGUAUCUGAGAGCCUACAGAGAGGUUCUGCCUAAGGAUUCUGAAGUGGUUGGUGACUUGGUAUCUGUAGACCUUGAGGCCAGUGGUUCCUUUCUAGGUUGUCUCUGGUUUCAUGAUUUUAUUUUGGUUUUGCCAAGAAAGUGACAUGUUGGUUGAUGGUAUAACAGGUAAUGUUUAUUUGCUUUGUGCAUUUCUCUAUUUGUCAAGUUUUCUAUAAAGAUUGCACAUACACACAUGUGCAUACACAUAGAUUUUUGAAAAAACAACAGUAAUACCCAAAAAGAUGCUGAUUUUUUGGAUAGGGAUAAGAAAUACAUUUGUUUUAUACUUCUGCUAUGUUUUACUGUCUGUUCAAAAUUGAGUGGGUGUCACUGAACAUUGUUUUCUAUUACUAUAUAGCAACUGUGUUGUUGUGUAUUUGUGUGGAGCUCAUCUCUGGUUAGCUUUUUAGUGGUAUAGAAAUGUCCAUGAAUUUCAAAAGUCAAAAAAUCAUGGAAAAUCUUACAACUUUUCCAUGAACAGCAAGGAGUACUUAUGAGAGAAAGUUUCUGUUCUUAAAAUCUGAUUGUUUUGAAAUAUAUUAGAUUGAACUUGCUUGUGUAUUAACAUUUCUGUUUAAUGCCAAAUUCAUUGUUGGUGGAGUAUCAGUAAAUAUUCCAAAAUCUGUAUAAAAUUUGAGUUUCAUUUAUGUUUAGAACACUGACUAUUCUGUUUAGUGUCAUGAUUUAUCCUCCUGCGUCUUUUUCUUAUUAGCACAUUUGAAAAAAUGUUUCUUUUCUUUAAUACAAUAAAUCUGUUAAAGGCAAUAACCAAUAAACUUUUUUAUUUUAAAAA